ACGACGAAGACGAUCCUGCGCGACGUCACGGGGAGCGCGAGACCGGGAGAAGUGCUGGCGCUCAUGGGACCGACGGGGAGCGGGAAGACGUCGCUGUUGAACGCGCUGGCGGGACGGACGCCGCUGGGGGGGACGCUGCGAGGGACGAUCACGGUGGACGACGCGGGGCGAGACGAGACGUUCAUGCGGGAGAAGGUGGCGUACGUGAUGCAGGAGGAACUGCUGUUUCCAUUCUUGAGCGUGGAGGAGACGCUGACGCUGCACUGUCGAUUGCGGAGGGCGCGGUUGUCGGAGGCGGAGGUGGCGGCGAGCGUGGAGGAAAUCGUGGCGGAGCUCGGCUUGGCGAAGGUCAGAGCGAGUCCGGUGGGGCGGCCGGGCGGAUUACCUCGAGGAGUGAGCGGGGGGGAGAGAAAACGCGUUAAUAUCGGCGUCGAGAUGGUGGGCGAUCCCGAGGCGUUGUUUUUGGACGAGCCGACGAGUGGGUUGGAUUCGUUUCAGGCGCAGCGCGUGGUCUACGCCCUCAGGCAGCUCGCGGCGGUCGGACGAACGGUCGUGUGUACGAUUCAUCAGCCGCGCUCGUCGAUUUAUGGAAUGUUCGAUCAGUUGUUGCUGAUUAGUGAAGGGCGGCUGCUGUAUAUCGGCGAGGCCAAGGACGCGGUCGGUUACUUUGCGUCGCUGCGCUUUGAGUGCCCGAAUCUCACCAACCCCGCGGAUUACUUCAUGGACAUCACCUCCUUGGACGCGCGAAAUCCCGAGCGAGAAAAGUCGAGCAGAGAAAGAAUAGAAUUUUUCGCGACUGAAGCGAUGACGAGGCGUCUCGGCGAAAAGGCAGUGGCGUCUGCGCUCAAACAGCAUCGCGCUCGAAGCGCCGCCCCCACGGAGUACGAUCCCACGCACGCGUCGUGGAUACAGCAGUUUGUCUUGCUCGUUCGAAGAGGAUUGAUAAAUCAAAGACGCGACUUUAUCGGCGUUCGCGUGACGUUAGCUUUGGAGAUGAUGUACGCGCUCAUCGUUUCUGCGCUCUUCAGAGGCGUCGGCCACGACCAAAAGGGUGUCCAAGAUAGAAUUGGUUGCUUGUUUUUCGUCGUCUUAAACGUCGCUUACACCAGUGCACUUCCAGCGAUCAACGUGUUUGCGGGAGAAAAAGGGAUCGUCGUCAGAGAGCGCGCGUCAGGUGCGUACAAAUGGUCGUCCUAUUACAUGUCCAAGUACGUUACGGAGCUCCCAAGAUUGAUUCCCAGAUUGAUCUUUUGCGCGCUCGUGUAUUGGAUCGUCGGACUGCGUAAGACGCAGUACAACUUUUGGAUUUUUGUCGCCAUCAUCAUCGCCGAGGCUAUGUCGCUCACCGCGCUCGGAUUGCUCAUGGCGAGUGCGAUGCCGAUCGGCGCCGCUUUAGCCUUGGGUCCAGCGUGCAUUACAAUUUUCACGCUCUUCGGAGGCAUUUACUUGAACAUCGAUUCCAUCCCAGCUGGGGCGCGUUGGAUUCGCUUCAUGGACCCAAUAUUCUAUGCGUACUCCGCUCUCGUGUCGAACGAAUUCGGUGGCGAUCCUAUUGCUUUCUCGUGCGAGUCUAGCACUACGAGAUGUUUGGAGACUGGCGCCGCCGUGCUCGAGCUGUAUGCGUUCGAAGACGUGAAAGUCGGAAUACAAAUCAUGGCGCAAUACUUGCUUCAAAUUGGGAUUCAUUUUUUCGCCUUCAAUGCAUUGCGUAGAACGUCCAAGCAAUACAUGCCGCUUUCUGCGUUGACGGGGAAC